GGGCAGGUUAGAGUGUCCAAUUAAGGUUGCACAGGCGGGUCUGGGAUUGAACCCAGAACCUCAGAACUGUGAGGCCAAUGCUUUACCAGCUGCGGCACCGUGCCGCCCUCAUAAGAUCAUUAUUAUUUUUUUAAAUAGUGCGAGUAUUGGCUGUCUCCAUAUGACCUGCGAUCGGGUGGUAACCAGUUCAUGGUGUACAGGGAUAGAAUCACUCAAUCACUCCCACGACCAUCGUCAAGAUAAGCGUCUCAGAAAUGGAUUGAUGGAUUUCAUGUAAUAAGCAUAAUUUGCCCUCUGAAGACGCUGUACACAAAGCAGUUAUAAUUGUUGUUAUUAUAAACUGGAUCAAGACUAGUGUCAUUGAUUGUGUAGCGACACAUGCUUGACUUUGGUACACGCAUCAAGGGUUCAAUUCUCGCUCAGUAACGGUGUUGAUAUGUCCCCUGCAACCGACUGGUGACGUAUUCAGGGUGUAGUCAGCCUUUCACCCAAAGUUAGCAAGAAUAAGCACCCCCAACUCUUGUGACGAUCAACGGCAUUGAAAAUGAAUGGAUAGAUAAACAUCAAGUUUUCCCUGGUUUGCUUGUGUUAAGAAAUACACAAAUCCGAGCUUCACCUGAACGCAUCACAACUUCAGGAGUUCGACUUGUGCAAAGUUUAGUUGUGUCAUCCCGUUACGCCACAUUUUCUCUAGUUUUUCCUUCAAAGUGACGUCCACGCAAACCACGGAGUUCGUUUGGAGUUUACCGUGGAUACAAGUGAGCGAAAUCUGAGUCAACCACGAUGACGUCUCAGCGAUAAACGUUCGAAAAUGGCCAAAAAGUCGCCCCACUUCUCCCCGGCGAGCCAACUUUCCCCCGGGCUCAGUUGGUGGUAUGUGGCCGCCCUCGCUGUGCUGCUGCUGGGUGUUUUAGCCUCGACGGGCUGGGCGGAGGAAGCGUCCUGCCACGGAGCUUACGACCUCUACUUCGUCCUGGAUAAGUCAGGAAGUGUCGCCGGCGACUGGUUUGAGAUCUAUUCCUUUGUCAGGAAUCUAACUGACAGAUUUGUGAGUCCCAGGAUGCGAGUGUCCUUCAUUGUGUUCUCGGCCCAAGCUCACAUUCUUCUUCCACUUACUGGGGAUCGAUAUGAGAUUGAAGAUGGCUUGGAGAAGCUGCGUGCCGUCAAUCCGGCUGGCGAAACCUACAUGCACGAGGGUAUCAAAAAGGCCACGGAUCAGAUCCAGGAGCAGACCAUCAAGUCAUCCAGCAUCAUCCUGGCACUGACUGAUGGGAAGCUGGAAGUGUUUGUUCACGAGCUCACCGUCAAACAGGCAGAGGAAGCAAGGAAGUACGGCGCUCGUGUCUAUUGUGUCGGCAUCAAGGACUUUGAUGAGCAGCAGCUCGCCGACAUCGCUGACACCCGGGACCAGGUGUUUCCUGUCAAAGAUGGCUUCCACGCACUCAAAGGCAUUGUCAAUUCCAUAUUGAAAAAGUCCUGCACGGAGAUCCUCAGUGUGGAGCCUUCAAGUGUCUGUGUCAACGAGUCCUUCGACAUUGUGCUGCGUGGGAAUGGCUUCGCUUUGGGCCGGAGCAGCGAGAGUGUGGUGUGCAGCUUCAUUGUUGACCAGCAAACCUUUAAUCACAAGCCAAGCGCCGUGCGUAAUGACUACCUGCUCUGUCCUGCACCCAAGCUCUACGACGUGGGACAGACCAUGGACGUGCUCAUCAGCUUGAACAAUGGCAAGUCAUUCAUCUCGAGUGCGUACACCAUCACUGCCUCCACCUGUUCCAACGGUCUGGUGGUGGCCAUCGUGUUCCUGGUCCUUCUUGCUCUGGUGGCUCUGGCACUCAUGUGGUGGUUCUGGCCCCUGUGUUGCACUGUGGUCAUCAAAGACCCACCGCCGCCACGACCCCCGACGAGACCCCCACCACCUGAGCCUGAGCCAGUGGGCAAAAAGAAAUGGCCAACUGUGGAUGCAUCUUACUACGGAGGACGAGGAGCAGGAGGCAUCAAACGCAUGGAGGUGCGCUGGGGUGAGAAGGGUUCCACAGAAGAGGGCGCCCGUUUGGAAAAGGCCAAGAAUGCUGUCGUGUCCAUGCCCGAGGAUGCCGAGGAGCCCAUGGUGAAGCGGCCCACUCCCAAACCCGCCGCCUCUUCUUUCCACCGAAGGGACAACAAGUGGUACACACCCAUUAAGGGUCGUCUAGAUGCUUUGUGGGCUUUAUUGCGACGGCAGUAUGAUCGAGUAUCCCUCAUGCGGCCCACCUCUGCUGAUAAGGAGAUCUUAAAAAGCAGCAGACAUACAAUGGCAUAGCGGAUUGUGGUCAACGGCAGACAUUGGAGCAACAAAAAACAAACCACAGAAACCGACUUAUCUAGAUGUCAAAGGGAGAUGUUGAACAACCCAAACCUGCUUUCAUCUUCUUUUUUUUCCUAAAAAAAUGUUUUGAAGAGAAAAUGUUUUCCAUUCAAAUGUAGUUACUUUGUAUUUGUAGUGUCUUAAUUGCAAAAUUAUCCCAUUUACACCAAAAUAAUAGCUGCAGAAAUCCAUCAUCCAUCUGUUCUCUGAACCAAUUAUCCGCACUGGGGUCGCGGGUGUGCUGAGGCCUAUCCCAUCUGAUUUAGGGUGAGAGGCACAGUACACCCAGAACUUCCAGCCAAUCGCAUGGCACAUAUAAACGAACAACCACUCACACUCAUUUUCACACAAUCAUUUUACUGUUAGAGAGCAAACAAACUCGUUUGUAUUAUUUCAUUCCCCACACCCAAUGAGAAAUGAUUAAAGAAUCAAUCCGGAAUCACGUAGAAUCGGAUACAUGGGCGGUAUCGAUAAUGGAAUCAAAUAAUUAAAUGAUCAAUUCCCAUCCGUAUUGCUUGUAGAGAUUUAAGAAAGUUCGCCGUCUGUGUCACUGCCCCCCAGCCGUCCCACAAUGCAUUGAAACCCCGCCCGGCACCUCGCACCCGCACUCAUUACAGUUAAUGGUGUGGAUAAGGUGGUACUCGGUGUUGUUGGCGAGAGCAUUUUUGGAUGGUGAACGGGAACCCUCCUGGUUCGUGAAUGUUUGAAGUUCUUGGGUACUCGUACGUCAAGCAUUCAUCUACUGGGUAGGGUUGCCCCACUCCGUUCUGAUGAAAAUCGCCUGUAAAAGCCCAACGUUAACUGCCUCAAAAUAUUGCAUGGUCUAUUGAGGAAGUUUCACGAAAUAUCAGUUUAGGUUUUUUUUUUUUUUCACUCCAACGUGAUGAUUCCAUAGCAUCCCUUUGCAGUUGGCUGUCAAAAGUAGGACUGGGGGGCAGCUUUUGAUGGCGGACAGGAAUCCUCCUGGGUCAUGAAUCAUUCAGCCAGCGUUUCCUGGGGUAUUCGUACAGGUGUAAGGAAGCAAGUUGUCACCAACAUCUGUUCGGCACGGGUCACCGUCCUCCAACCGGUCCCACAGUGGAAUAAACACCCCACAGUUCCCUUUUCUGCCCCCCCACAUUCACUUAGUUACACAGUUGAAUUCUGUGCCACUGCCCUGAGCCACUGCUGCAUGUUCCAGUCGAUGCAGACGAGCAAGACAAAAAAUGAGAGGGAAACAGUUUUUUUUUUUUUCCGGGGGUCUCACAUUUAGUGCCUGAGGGCCUUCGACACCAAAGGUAGGCGGCGGCGGAGCGGGGGGCAUCCACAGCUGUGGUGCCGAACUCGCCCCAGGCACAAAUAAAGAGAUUUGAUGCGUUUUGACUGUGUUGUCGGGCAAGCGCUGGGAACCAGGGAGGCACUUCAGAGCCAACUUGGUGCUCGCAACAUCUGCCGCCAAGUUUUUCGUGGGAUCGGCUGGGGACGGCAGGU